CUUCCAAAAAUUCAUAUCAGAAUCAGACGUACUUCACUGUUUCAUGUGAUAAGAUAUAUCUUUCAUUCUUUUUUCCAACCUGCCUUAAUUUUUAUUACAAAAAUACCCUUCACUUUCUCCCUCUCCAAACAAAACCAGAGGAGAGAGAGAGAGAAACAGAAACAGAGAGAUUUCAGUGGCCAUCUCCAAUGGCGUCCAUGGCCCUCCUUUUCAACAAAUCCCCAAACCCGUCUCUCUCCUUCCCCAAAACCCACAAAACCCAUUACUCCACACAUCUCAAACUCCCUCUCUCUCAUCAUUCAAGCCCUAAAACCCACCGAAAGAUCCGAAUUUCAUGCGGGUUGAUCGACCCGGAUGGGGGGAAACUCGUUGAGCUAUUCGUUUCGGAGUCAGAGAGGGACGAGAAGAAGAGAAAAGCCGUCUCUUUGCCGAGAAUCAAGCUGUCUCGGAUCGAUCUCCAGUGGGUUCAUGUCCUCAGCGAAGGCUGGGCUAGCCCUCUCAAGGGCUUCAUGAGAGAAUCCGAGUUCCUCCAAACUCUUCAUUUCAAUUCGCUCCGACUCGGUGACGGCUCAGUCGUCAACAUGUCGGUGCCGAUUGUUCUCGCCGUCGACGACUCGCAAAAGGGUCGGAUCGGUGAGUCCACCUCGGUGGCUCUGGUCGACUCGGGUGAUGAUCCGGUGGCGAUUCUUAGCAAUAUUGAGAUCUACAAGCAUAACAAAGAAGAACGUAUAGCGAGAACUUGGGGUACAACUGCCCCCGGUUUACCAUACGUUGAGGAAGCCAUAACCGGUGCUGGAAACUGGCUGAUCGGAGGUGACUUGGAGGUGAUACAGCCAAUCAAGUACUGCGAUGGUCUUGAUCGGUUUCGACUGUCUCCUGCGGCACUCCGUGAGGAAUUUACAAGGCGAAAUGCUGAUGCGGUGUUUGCUUUCCAGCUCAGGAAUCCUGUGCACAAUGGUCAUGCUUUGCUGAUGACUGACACACGUCGUCGGCUUCUUGAGAUGGGUUAUAAGAAUCCUGUGCUUUUGCUUCACCCAUUAGGAGGGUACACCAAGGCUGAUGAUGUUCCCCUUAGUUGGCGAAUGAAGCAGCAUGAAAAGGUUCUUGAAGAUGGCGUUCUUGAUCCUGAGACAACUGUGGUUUCUAUAUUCCCAUCACCUAUGCAUUAUGCUGGCCCCACUGAGGUGCAGUGGCAUGCAAAGGCUCGGAUUAAUGCCGGGGCCAACUUUUAUAUUGUGGGUCGGGACCCAGCUGGCAUGAGCCAUCCAGUUGAGAAAAGAGAUUUGUAUGAUGCCGACCAUGGGAAGAAGGUGCUGAGCAUGGCUCCUGGACUGGAGAGGCUAAACAUCCUCCCUUUCAAGGUGGCUGCAUAUGAUAAGACUCAGAGUAAGAUGGCGUUCUUUGAUCCCUUGAGGCCUCAAGAUUUUCUCUUCAUUUCAGGCACCAAGAUGCGAACACUAGCAAAAAACGGGGAGAAUCCACCGGAUGGAUUUAUGUGUCCCGGUGGUUGGGAAGUGUUGGUAGAAUACUACAACAGUUUGGCUCCGGCCGGGAAAGGGAAAGUCCCUGAACCUGUACCAGCUUAAAAGGAUUUGCUGUGUCAAUAGACAUUGACAUCUGUUUGGGAGAAACUUAAAUUUUAUUUAUCUCCAAUGUGUGGUUGUUGAAAUGUUGUAAAGUUUCUCUGUCCAGCUCUGGAAAUAAAUCAUAUGAGGCACUGGGUUCAGAGACACAAAACUUGGCCUCAACUUGUAAAUAGAGCUCCAAAGAUGGAAGCUUGAAAUUGUGUACUUGUACCUGUGUGCACGCUGUAUCAUAUUGGGAUGUGAUUUUACAAAAAGAAAUUUGUUGAUGGGUGCUUUUUAGAAGACAAAAAA